AUGUCGGGGAAGAAGGCCAGCGAGUUCAGCAACGAGGAGGAGGUGAUCGCCGAGUUCGACCGGCUGACGCGGAACGCCGCCACCGUCCAGCGGGAGACGCUGCGGCGGAUCCUCGACGAGAACGCCGCCGUUGAGUACCUCCAGCGGCAUGGCCUCGCCGGCCGCACCGACCCGGACACCUUCCGGGCCUGCGUGCCGCUCGCCACGCACGACGACCUCGAGCCCUACAUCGCCCGCGUCGCCGACGGCGACACCUCCCCCGUCCUCACCGCCAAGCCCAUCACCUCCAUCUCCCUCAGCUCCGGCACGACGCAGGGGAAGCGCAAGUACCUGCCCUUCAACGACGAGCUAUUCAAGCUGACCAUGCAUGUGUACUGGACCUCCUUCGCUUACAGGAACAGGGCGUUCCCCGUCGAGGGCGGCGGCAAGGCGCUGCAGUUCGUCUACGGCAGCCGGCAGUUCACCACCAAGGGUGGCCUGACGGCGGCCACGGCCACCACCCACCUGUACCGCAACGAGGGGUACAAGGCCGCGGUGCGCGACAUCCAGCUGCCGUGCUGUAGCCCCGACGAGGUGGUCUUCGCCGCCGCGGACUUCGCGCAGUCGCUCUACUGCCACCUCCUCUGCGGCCUGCUCUUCGCCGGCGAGGUCCGGGCCGUGUUCGCCAUGUUCGGGCACAACCUCGUGCUCGCGUUCCAGACGCUGGAGCGGGUGUGGGAGGAGCUGUGCCACGACAUCCGCCACGGCGCCCUGUCUCCAGCGCGGGUCACCGAGCCGGCGCUCCGCCGGGCCGUGUCCGCGCUCCUCGCGCCGCCGAACCCCGCGCUCGCCGACGAGGUGGCGCUCAGGUGCGCCGAGGCCGGGCUCUGCGACUGGCGCGGGGUGGUCCCGGCGCUGUGGCCCAACGCCAGGUACGUGCACACGAUCGUGACGGGGUCCAUGGAGCACUACGUCAGGAAGAUCCGGCACUACGCCGGUGGCCUUCCGCUGGUCGCCAUGGAUUACGGCGCGUCGGAGGGUAUGGUCGGUGCCAACGUCGAGCCGGAGGUGCCCCCGGAAUCAGCAACGUUCGCCGUGGUCCCAGACAUCGCCUACUUCGAGUUCAUCCCUCUCAAGACCAACGACGGCGGCGGAGCGGCCUGUACCGAUACCGGCACGAGCUACAACACCGAGGCGGAUCCCGUCGGCCUGACGGAGGUCACCGUCGGCGAGCACUACGAGGUCGUCAUGACCACCUUCGCAGGCUUGUACCGGUACCGUCUCGGCGACGUGGUGAAGGUGGCCGGCUUCUACAACUCGACGCCGAAGCUCAAGUUCGUGAGCCGAGGGGAUAUCGGUCCCACGCUGUGCAUCAACGUCGACAAGAACACCGAGCUGGACGUGAAGCUCGCCGUCGAUGGCGCGGCCGAGAUCCUGGCUGCCCGGAACACGUCGUUGGAGGUGGUGGACUACACCAGCCACGCGGACGUGUCGUCCGACCCGGGCCACUACGUCGUCUUCUGGGAGCUCAGCGGCGAGGCCGACGACGACGUGUUGCAGCGCUGCUGCGACGAGCUGGACCGGCGCUUCGUCGACGCUGGGUACGUGAGCUCGAGAAAGACGCGCGCCAUCGGGCCCCUGGAGCUGCGGGUACUACGGCGGGGCGCCUUCCAGAAGGUGCUGCACCACUACCUCGCCCUCGGAGCUUCGGCGAACCAGUUCAAGUUCCCGAGGUGCGUCGCCCGGUCCAACUCCGGCGUCCUCCAGGUCCUCUCCGACAACGCCGUCAAGAUCUUCUUCAGCACAGCCUACGACUGA